AUGGAAUUAGAGGAAGGUGACAAGAGGUGUUAUAAGCCACACUGGAGACAUAUGCGGUGGAUUGACAGAAAUUAUCUCACAGACCACAACAUUAUGAAUAAAUCUUUUAAAGGAAUGGAAGGAAGAAUUAAACUUUUAUCUAAAAAGAGUUUUACAGAAAUUAGUGCCCUUGUUUUGGAAGAUUUUGCCUUGUUUAAACCAAAAACAGUCAUUGGUCUCCCGAGUCCCCCAGGAUAUUACCUGAGCGUGAAAAAUUGCAGGAAUGAGAAGUUAAUGGCAACACUUGAGGAUGGGUAUGAUAGUUUAUACUCGCCUAUUAUAUAA